CGGUGGAGCUUUGGUCCUUGUCGAUGUCCACCGUCGUCCGUGUGAGAGUUGUCCGCCUUAUCUGCAGACCAGAGCUAUUUGGAGGCGGCAGAGCAGUCGGUUUCAUGGCUCUGAAGCUCCCGCCUUUCAAAGUCCCGGCUGUCGCCUCUCACUUCUCCUCCCCUCGUGUUGCCCUCUGCAACCGCUCCGCCUCCACCGCAGCUCACGCUUCCUCCUCCGCUACUUUCCGAGAAGGCGACUCCCCUGCCGCCGGAACUCUCUCCCUCGGGCAUCUCACCCGCCCCGAUUUCCCCAUCCUUCAUCAGGAGGUGAAUGGCUCAAAACUUGUCUACCUGGACAAUGCUGCGACUUCUCAGAAGCCCGCCGCAGUGUUGAAGGCUCUACAAGACUAUUACGGAGGAUACAAUUCGAAUGUCCAUCGCGGCAUUCACUACUUGAGUGCCAGGGCGACCGAUGAAUAUGAGUUGGCCCGAAAGAAGGUGGCCGGUUUCAUAAAUGCCUCGGAACUGAGGGAGAUUGUUUUUACAAGGAAUGCAACCGAAGCUAUAAACCUAGUGGCAAACUCGUGGGGGCUCACCAAUUUGAAGCCAGGCGAUGAGGUUAUACUUACAGUUGCAGAGCACCAUAGUGCCAUUGUUCCUUGGCAAAUUGUGGCCCAAAAGACUGGAGCUGUUUUGAAGUUUGUGGGUUUGGAUCAGAAUGAGCUUAUCGAUGUAAGACAACUAAAAGAAAUGGUCACAAAGAAGACCAAACUCGUUGUCGUUCACCAUGUGUCUAAUGUUCUAGCUUCAAAACUUCCGAUUGAAGAUAUUGUUGUGUGGGCCCAUGAAGUUGGAGCGAGGGUGUUAGUAGAUGCCUGCCAAAGCGUGCCACACAUGGUGGUUGAUGUUCAGGCCCUUGAUGCGGAUUUUCUCGUCGCUUCCUCUCACAAGAUGGUUGGGCCCACAGGCAUCGGAUUCUUAUACGGGAAGAUUGAGCUGCUGGCUAUGAUGCCCCCAUUUUUAGGUGGUGGAGAGAUGAUAGCAGACGUGUUCCUAGAUCAUUCUACAUACGCGGAGCCUCCAUCCAGAUUUGAAGCUGGAACACCUGCAAUCGGGGAGGCCAUCGGGUUAGGAGCAGCUAUUGACUAUUUGUCUGGAAUUGGCAUGCAGAAGAUUCAUCAGUAUGAGGUUGAACUUGCCCACUACCUCUACGAGAGACUCCAAUCAGUCUCCGACGUUCGCAUCUACGGCCCCAAACCUUCAGAAAGCAUAACCCGCGCAGCGCUUUGUGCUUUCAACGUUGAGAACAUUCACGCUACCGAUAUCGCCACAUUUCUCGACCAACAGCAUGGAGUAGCUAUAAGGUCGGGUCACCACUGUGCCCAGCCUCUCCAUCGGUUCCUGGGAAUCAAUGCGAGCGCGAGGGCUAGUCUCUACUUCUAUAACACGAGAGAAGAUGUGGAUAACUUCAUCGAGGCCCUCAAUGACACAGUCAGCUUCUUCAACUCCUUCAGUUAGAGCCACAGAGCUCGAUCUGUAGUUACUGUAUAAUUAUCGCACAAAAGUACAACGAGUAAACUAUUUAUACUGGGCAUUUUUACCUAAUUAUAUUUUCGGUUUUGUUUAGCUGCUGCCGAUCGGUUCUAUAGUGGCUUCUAGCCAAAUUCACCAAUAUGGAAUCUAUGGACCAUAAUAUGUACUACAAUUGUUGCGUUCCAAUCCAAUGCUGUACCGCUCCAUGUCU